AUGAGCCUGGCCAGUGUAACGCUGGUGCCUGCCACCGGGCUGAACCCUGACUUCGACGCCGCCAGCGACGCCCGCUCCACCAUCGACGACAUCCUGGAGUUCGCCGCCGCCGCGCCGGCGCCGCACGCGUGCUCGUACUGCGGCAUCGACACCCCCCAGGCCGUUGUCGAGUGCUCCACCUGCCACAAGUGGUUCUGUAAUACCAACCAGCCCCACCUGCGAGCCGGGUCCCACAUCGUCACCCACUUGGUGAUGCUGCGCCACCACCAGGUAGCGCUCCACCCGGAACUGGACCUCGGCGACACCGUCCUCGAGUGCUACGCCUGCGGCAACAAGAACGUGUUCACGCUCGGGUUCGUGUCGGCGAAGCAGGAGCUGGUGGUGGUGUUGUUGUGCCGGAUCCCGUGCUCGCAACACCCGGACAUGAACUGGGACACGCUGCUGUGGCUGGCGUUGAUCGACAACCGCUACUUGCUUCCCUGGGUGGCGCUGACGGAGAUCACCCCCGAGGACGAAGUGAAACGCAUCGACGUCACCCCGCAACAGAUCGCCAAGCUUGAAGCUCAGUGGCGUCUUAAUCGCGACGCUACCAUUACCGAUUUGGAAAAGGCCGAAAAGGUCGAGGAGGAAGUGUUGCCGACGCUUUUACGUUACAACGACGGGUUCCAGUACCAAAGACUGUUUGCGCCAUUGGUGAACUUGGAGCUGGAACACGACAAGAACUUGAAGGAAUCGCAGGCUCUAGAACAUAUCUCGGUGCGGUGGUCAGUGGGGCUGAACAAGCGCCACAUGGCGCUGUUUGCGUUGCUGACCUACGAGUCGAGUGCGAUCAAAGUGGCGGUGGGCGACGAGAUGGUGUUGCGCCACCCUGGUGACGGCGAACCGUGGACAGGCCAGGGGUACAUUGUGCGCUUGCCCAACGCCUACCACGAAGAAUUCCUUUUAGAACUUAACCCGUCCACUGCUCCUCCUCCCACUGACUAUACCACUGGUUUCACCGCUGAGUACGUGUGGAAGGGGACCUCUUACGACCGUAUGCAGUUGGCCAUGGAGACGUUCGCCUUGGAAAAGCAAUCGGUGUCCGGUUACAUCUACCACAAGUUGUUGGGCCACGAAGUGGCGCCGAUCGAGUUUGCCGUCCACCUCCCGAAAAGGCUUUCGAUCCCCGAGUUUGCCGAGCUCAACGACUCUCAACUUAACGCGGUGAGAGCGGUGCUUCAACGCCCGCUUUCCCUCAUCCAGGGACCUCCAGGUACGGGUAAAACCGUUACCCUGGCCACCAUCAUCUACCACUUGGUGAAGAUGAACCGGGAAAAGGUAUUGGUGUGCGCUCCCCUGAACGUCGCCGUCGACCACUUGGUGGAUAAACUCAACCAGUUGGGGCUCAAAGUGGUGCGGCUCACCGCUAAGCUGCGUGAGGACGUCGAGCUGAACGUGCUGCACUUGUCUUUGCACAAUUUGGUCGCCAAGGAAGAAGGCGCUAAGUACGCUAACUAUCGCGAACGUGAAGGUGAGCUCGAUGAUGCUGAGGUGGCUAAAGUGGGCAGAGCCAUCAGACAGGCGGAACUGCGGAUCUUAAAGAAGUGCGACGUCGUUUGCUGCACCUGUGUUGGUGCUGGUGACCGCCGUCUCGCCAACUACAAGUUCCGUUCAGUGCUUAUUGACGAACUGACACAAGCCCUGGAACCCGAGGUUUUGAUCCCUAUCGUCAAGGGGGCCAAACAAGUGGUGCUUGUGGGUGACCACCAGCAAUUGGGUCCGGUUAUUUUGAACAAAAAGGCCGGCGAUCUGGGGCUCAGACAGUCGUUGUUUGAACGGCUUGUGGUGCUUGGCCACGUCCCUAUCCGUCUCGAAGUGCAGUACCGGAUGAACCCGUGCUUGCUGGAGUUUUCCUCAAACAUGUUCUACGAAGGUUCGCUCCAAAAUGGGGUUACUAAGGACCAGCGUUCGGUGGGCUCGAUCAACUUCCCUUGGCCGAUUAAGGACUCGCCCAUGAUGUUCUGGGCCAACUACGGUAGAGAAGAAAUCUCCGGUAGUGGUAACUCGUUCCUUAACCGUGUCGAAGCGAUGAACGUGGAAAAGAUCAUCCUGCGCCUCUUCAGAGACGGUGUCAGCCCCGAACAAAUCGGUGUCAUCACCCCUUACGAAGGGCAAAGAGCUUACAUCAUCCAGUACAUGCAAAUCAACUCGUCGUUGGCCGACAAGAAGGACCAGUACAUGAACGUCGAGGUGACCCUGGUCGACGCUUUCCAAGGGCGGGAAAAGGACUACAUCAUCUUGCUGUGUGUGCGGGCUAACGACUCGCAAAUCAUCGGGUUCUUGAGUGACCCUAGACGUCUUAACGUCGCGUUGACCAGAGCUAAAUACGGGCUCGUCAUCUUGGGUAACCCCAGAGCUCUCUGUCGUAACACGUUGUGGAACCACUUGCUUGUCCACUUCAGAGAAAAGGGGUGUCUUGUCGACGGUCCCUUGGACAACCUCCAGUUGCUGACUGUGCAACUUAAUAUGACCAACACUAGAGGUCAACCCCGUGCGGGUCACAAGUUUGCAGCGCCGCUGACAUUCCAAGGGUCCAGCACCGAGUUUGAUUCGGCGCUGAUGUUGCUGUUUGUGCCUCUGCAACAGCUGCACCGCGGUCCUCCCAGCGACCACCACUGGCCCUCGCUUUCGCGUGCCGACCCUAGAGGUGGCGACCCUAGAGGCGGCGCCCAGUUGACCCUGAACUACUUGUCUCGUCUUGAUAGACAACAGCCGUUUAGAGGUCCUGAGAUUGAGGACGAUAUCAAGCUGAUCACGCUGUCGUUUGCCGCUGGCCUCAACAUUUGA